AGCAUAACCUCCAUCUCCUUCUUCUCUCACCUGACCCUGCCACGUCCAGGUCUCGAGUCAUCAAGACAAUAUGCAGCUUCUAGCCAUCGUUUUUCUCCCCGUUGUUUUAUUCGCCACUCAGGCUGCUGCCGCAACAUGGUAUUUCCUGCGCUAUAACACCCCCUCCGGAGCCAAGUUCACUGCGUUCAGUGGACAAAUGGUCGUCCCAACUCUUCCCAAAGCGGCAGUCUACUAUCUUUGGCCGGGCCUACAACCGACCGACAACAGCGGAGUUUACCAGAAUGUGCUUGACGGACGAAGCGGCACUUGGUGGUUUGGAUCUGGAUGGUGCUGUUCAAACCCUUCGCUACCAUGGGGAGGCGGGUUCAACACGUAUGCGGGAGAGACGAUCAGCUUCUCGAAUGUGUUGAACAGUGAUGGGAGCGGAUGGACUACGACGACGAAAAGGGGCACCACUGGCUCGCCCGUAACCAACACUUUUGCUCUUGCUGGCAAAUCUUUCAACCAAGCUAUUUUUGCCAUUGAACUUUACGAUGUGGCAUGGAAUUUUGGGCCCUUGACAUUCAAAAACGUCAAAAUUGUUGCGACGGGAAGCACGAGUACGGCGUGGUGCACGGGAAAUCCAGCAAACUAUAACUCGGCCACGAAGUAUACCAUUUCCGGAGCGAGGGCAUCAGUGAGCGGUACGACUGUCACUUGCACCAUUGACUCGGUGGUUUUGCAAGGCCCUGCAUGAUAGCAAAGGAUGACGUUUGUUCACGAAUUCGAAUAUUGUUUGCCCCUUGACAGCCUCACUCAGUCUUCACUCAGGUGAAAGGCCUGGCCUGAUAGCAGGAAGUGGGAACGUCUACAUCAUGAUUACUCAUUUAUUCAUGCUAGAGUACAUGGGUACUUCUGCCUACAUUCUUCCACAUGGCAGCAAGAAACCUCCCUCAUCAAUCAUACCUAGAAGGUAAUCAUCGGCCGUUAUUUAUAACACAUUUUUUCACUAUACCACCAGUACCCGCUAGAGAACAGCUGUGCAGGCCUGGGUCAAUGGG